AUGCCCGUCCCAACUGAAACAAUCACUAUCUCUGCUCCAUCCACAGAACAAAGAAGAAACUCCAGCGAAGCCAUCAACACAGACAUCGUCACCCUCCCACGCUUCAUCCUCGAAUCACAACAACAAUUCAAACAGGCAAGAGGUAACCUCACACUCCUACUAAACGCUCUGCAAUUCGCUUUCAAAUUCAUCUCACAGACAAUAAGAAAGGCCGAAUUGGUAAACUUGAUAAACUUGCACAAUUCUUCCAUCACCAUAAACGCCACCGGUGAUGUCCAAAAGAAACUGGACAUCAUCUCGGAUGAAAUAUUCCUUAAUGCCAUGAAAUCAUGCGGGGUAGUCAAGAUCCUCGUCUCUGAAGAACAAGAAGAUUUGAUCGUUUUCCAGGGGAACAACAUCAAUGAUCAAACGUAUGCCGUCUGUUGUGACCCCAUUGAUGGGUCCUCCAAUUUGGAUGCAGGUGUCGCCGUGGGAACUAUCGUUUCCAUCUUCAAGAUCGAUCCAAACGUCAAGGAUUUGAAACAAAACGUAUUGAGAUCUGGGAAUGAUAUGGUCGCAGCAUGUUAUGCAAUGUAUGGGGCAUCCACUCAUUUAUUCUUAACGUUCGGACAAGGUGUUGAUGGGUUCACUUUGGAUAAUAAUUUGGGUGAGUUCAUAUUGACUCAACCAAAUUUGAGAAUCCCACAACAAAGAUCCAUUUACUCCAUUAAUGAGGGGAAUACUUUCAAUUGGGACCCUAAAAUAAGUAAAUUCAUCGACUUGUUAAAGAACCCACAAAGUGAAAUGAAUAAUAACUGUGUUCCUUACUCAGCAAGGUAUAUCGGUUCCAUGGUUGCUGAUGUUCAUAGAACGUUUCUUUACGGUGGGUUGUUCUCUUACCCCUGUGAUAAGAAGAACAAGAACGGGAAAUUAAGACUGUUGUAUGAGGCAUUCCCCAUGGCUUUCUUAGUGGAACAAGCUGGUGGUAAGGCCGUUAAUGAUUUCGGAGAAAGAAUUAUGGAUUUGAAACCAAAACAUAUUCAUGAUAAAUCUUCCAUUUGGUUGGGCUCCACAGAGGAAAUUAACAAAUUCUUAACCUAUAUUGCAUAA